UGCGCAUGCGCACGUGAAAGUCGUAUAUUGAUGUGGCCAUACUGGAGACAAUCACAGCUAGAGAAAUGACUACAUUACAGGAAUUAGUUGCGCUAUAUUUUAAUCUAGGACUUUAUUAUAAGGACAUUGCUGCUUUACUUGCAAGUCGUCACCAUUAUAUGGUUUCGAUACGACAUUUAAAACGGAUUUUAAAGUCUUGUAAUCUGUUCCGGCGCAAGGGGUACAGCGAUUUGGAUCAGGCAAUUACUUUCAUUCAUGAACAGUUACAAACAUCUGGUCAGCUCCACGGAUAUAGGUGGAUGUACACAAAAUGCAAGGAGAGUGGAAUAAACAUAAGGAAAGAGGAUGUUCGAUUAAUUCUACGAGAACUAGAUCCAAGGGGUGUUGAUCUCAGAGUGAGGAGACGGCUUCGUCGCCGAAACUACUUUGCUAAAGGGCCUAAUUACAUUUGGCACUUAGACUCUUACGACAAACUGAAGCCUUUUGGCAUCUGCAUAAAUGGCUGCAUUGACGGAUUUUCGCGGAAAAUCAUAUGGAUGAAUGCAUUUACCACCAGCAGUGAUCCAAAACUUAUUGGUGGCUACUACAUUGAGGCAGUGGAAAGGUUGGGUGGUUGUCCACGGAUUGUCCGAGGCGACCGAGGCACUGAGAAUGGUAAAGUCAGAGACUGUCAGCGCUAUCUCCGUCGCAACAUUCACGAUGGCUCUGAUAUUGACAGCUACAUUGAAGGGGCAAGCACGGCCAAUCAGAGGAUAGAAAGUUGGUGGGGCUUCCUCAGGCGAGAAUCAAUGGAGUUUUACAUUUGUCUGUUUGCUGAUCUUAAGGACCGUGGUUUGUUCGACGGUGCGUAUUUGGACAGAGGUCUAAUUCAAUUCUGCUUCAUGGGCAUCAUCCAGGAUGAGUUAGACGAGACUACCUGUGUGUGGGAUUCCCAUGUCAUCAGACCAUCAAAGAAUGACAAAGUGCCCAGUGGUCGACCCAGAGUCAUGUACAUGUUCCCUGAACUCUACAGAACUGAUGACUGCAUUUCCCCAGUGGAAAGAGACGAUUUACAGCUUUGUCAGAGUAGCUGCACAUUUCGAACAACAGUGCCAUGUGACACAGACAUUUACAACAUCUGCAACUUCCUGAUGGUUGAAUCCCAAUUGCAUCUUCCGGCUGAUGCUUAUCAAGCAUUGGAUUUGUAUCUGCACUUGAGAAAUGAAAUCAGAUCCACUCUCUAACUUUAUCUACACGAAACACACCAAUGUUCUCCAGUCAGUGAUAGUCUACUGAUGCUGUUAAUUCAUCUGUUACAGUAUGUGUAUAAUGAAUCUUGGCAAUUUAGAAUGUUUUUCU